GGAGGAAGAGGAGGAGAGUCAGUUGAGGUGUAGAGGGUGUCGAGGAAGGGUGUCUAGUUCUUCAUCUCGUGUGUGUGUGUGUUUGUCUGUGUGCACUUUUGGUCGGUACACACGACUAGCUGCGUGUGUACUUGUGUGCGUAUACGGCUGUCUGGCUCAGGCUCCCGCAACGCCCAAGAGGAGGAAAGAGAGAGAGAGAGACAGACCGACGUGUGAAGAGUGAGUGAGAAAAGAGGAAAAAGAAGAGGAAGAAAAAGAGGAAGGACGAGAGAGAGAUGGGAUUGUGAAGUUAAAGAAAGAGGAAUAAAGAAGAAAAAGAGAUUGAGUGUGAGAAAUGUGAAGAAGGAAAACGAAGAGUGAAAGAAAGAAAGAGAGAAAGAAGAAAAGUUUAAAAUCAACAAGUGAAAGACGGAAAUACAAAAGAAAAAGAAGAAAAGAAGGAAAACAAAAUAAAAGCAAAAAAACAUGAGAAAGAUAAAGUGACGGUGAAAGAAAGGAAGGAGAGAAAUAAGAUAAAGAGAAACAGGAAAGAAGAAAGGAAGGGAAGGGUUAAGAUAGCAAAAGGGAAGGAUAUGAGAAAAGAAAGAAAGGAAGGAAAGGAAUAAGAUAAAGUGAGAGAAACAGGAAAGAAAGGAAGGAAAGGAGUAAGAUAAAGUGAGAGAAACAGGAAAGAAAGGAAGGAAGGGAAGGAUUGAGAUAAGAGAGAAAGAGGGAGAGGAAAAAAAAAAGUGGAAUCGAGGUUUAAGCCCAAGUCACUCCAGGCAUCCGAACACAUCACUGAAGAGCACCAACUCGUCCCAAGCCAUGACAGCGCUCCGUGGCCUUGACUUCGGCUCCGUUACCCCCUCUUCCACCUCCACCUCACCUCCACCACCACCGCCACUCACCACCAAUACUCGUCCUCCCCACCACCUCCACUCACCACUACCUCCACUUCUCCCGUAUCACCAUUCUCAUCACCACUUCAUCACCACUAUUAUUACCGGUGGAGAGGAAUAACAUCACCACCACCACUAUCAUCACCACCACCACCACUAUCAUCACCAUCAACACCUCCACUAACACCAGUACAAACAAACAGGCAUUCCAGUACAUGAUAUAGACACCACCAUCACCACCGACAACAACAACAACAACAACAGCAACACCAUCACCACCACUUAGCCAAACAAACACACAAACAAACAAACAAAAGUCUAGUCACAAUCAACGUGGCUGUGAAUAAAAACAAAAACAAACAAUAACAAUAACAACAAUAACAAUAAAUAAACGAGAGAAUAAACAUUGAAAACAAACAAGCUUCAAACAGAAUCCAAUCUCUUGCUUAAAAGGAUUGGAAUAAAGUAAGCAAGAAAGUGCCAAAUAAAGAGAGAGAUAGAGAUAGAGAUAGAGUCAGCUUCGUUUCACUGCUUCGAACGCGAGUGAACCACCGAGACAGGAUUCGAAGGUUCAUCAAGGCGACGUGAACCUUAUCAAGCACAUCAACGGUUCAGUUCCUCAGUGUCUGUGUGCCUGUGUGUGUGUGUACGUUUAUUGUGUACGUACGUUUUACAAGUGACUGUGUGUGCGUGUUUGCGUGUACCAGAAGACUCGCCUCAAUACACACACAUACGUACAUACACAUAACUACUAGUCAAAGGAAGUGAAUAAAGAAAGAAAGAAAGAAAAAGAAAGAUUUGGGAGAAAGAUAAAAAGUGUGUUAACAUUCGGAAUAAAGUGGAUAAAAAAUGCAGCCAAAUAAAUAGAAGAAUAUGAAAAGUAAAUGAGGAAAUAUACUUGAUAAACAAAACAGAAAAAUAACAAAAUCGUGUGAAGGGAAACACGGAAUAAGUCGAAACAAAAACUAGAAAUAAAGUGGAACAAAAAAACACGAACGAAAGCAAGAGGAAGAAAGCCAAAAGUUGAAAUAAGGAAAGAAAACGGAAAGUAAACAGAAAACAGAAAACGAAUUGAACUUCUCUCCUUAUCCACCCCAGUAUUACCUCCCCUACAAGCACACCCCGUCACACCCCGCUCACCACCCCCGUGCACCCCUACAAAUACUCUUUACACCCCAUCCAACUCCCUUUACAGCCCCUUACGCCCCACCAAUCACCCCCAGAAAACGACCCCCUUAAUCCCCAAUCCACCACCCGACAAACCACUCCCCAAGUACUCCCUCCUUACCCCUCCCCUCCCCACGCCUCCCCAGCACUAUGGCCGAGUUGCUGAGCGUGCAGGUCCCCAGUAGGCGGGGUCUGGGAGGCUAUGUCGAGUUCCACAAGAAUAUGGAAGCAGGGGGCGGCGCUCCGGGCGUGGGCACCCCCAUGCUAGGCUCCCCCGCCGGCCGCCAGCCCUACCUCAACCCAGCUCUCUCCCACGCCAGGAUAAGCAAUGACUUGAGGAAGAAGGUGGUCAAUGGGGCCAGCGCAGGGAUCAUCAUGUCCCACCUGCCCAAGCGUCCCCCUGUCCACAUCGAGUUCAAUGACCUCUCCUACUCCGUGUCCGAGGGCCGCCACAGGGGGUUCAAGACCAUCCUGAAGAAGGUGAGCGGGAGGUUCAAGUCCGGCCGCCUCACCGCCAUCAUGGGACCAUCCGGGGCGGGCAAGUCCACCCUCAUGAACAUCACGGCGGGCUACAGGAUCAGCAACGUGGUGGGCAGCAUCCUCGUGAACGGGCGCGAGCGGAACCUUCGUAAGUUCCGCAAAAUGUCGUGUUACAUUAUGCAGGAUGACCACCUUCACCCACACCUCACCGUGCUCGAGAGUAUGAACUGCUCGGCGAACCUCAAGCUGGGCGACAGGAUGAAGCGGGCGCAGAAGGAGGAGGUGAUCAACGAAAUCCUGGAAACCCUCAGCUUGACGGAAUGCAGAGACACCCGCGCCAUCAACCUCUCGGGCGGGCAAAGAAAGCGACUCUCCAUCGCCCUCGAACUGGUCAACAACCCUCCAGUCAUGUUCUUCGACGAGCCAACCAGCGGCCUAGACAGCAGCAGCAGCUUCCAGUGCAUCAACCUGCUGAAGACGUUGGCGCAGGGUGGCCGCACCAUCAUCUGCACCAUCCACCAGCCCUCCGCCAAGCUCUUUGAGAAGUUCGACUACCUGUAUGCGCUGGCCGACGGGCAAUGCAUCUACCGCGGCGCCAUCACGGGCCUCAUCCCCUUCCUCUCCGCCAUGGGCCUCGAGUGUCCCUCCUACCACAACCCCGCGGACUUCCUGAUGGAGGUGGCGAGCGGCGACUAUGGGGAGUUCACGCACAAGCUGACCUCGGCCGUGCACUGCGGGAAGUGUGACAACCUGGCGCCCGACAACCACGAGGCGGUCAGGGCCAAGCAGGACCUCAUCUGUGAGUGUGGGGGGAAAGGCAACGACGAACAGGGCAGAGAAGGAGGCGGAGGUGGUGAAGCAGGCGGAGGAGGGGGAGGAGGAGGAGGCACAGCGGGGGAGACUCGGGUCAACAUGCCCCCCUCGAAGCACUCCCUCCUGGCCUCCGAGGACGAGAGCAUCGAUGAUAUCCCCAAUUCCUUCCCGACGUCGGGCUGGAAGCAGUUCGUCAUCCUCUUCAAGCGAACGUUCCUCUCGAUCAUCAGGGAUGGGAUGCUGACCAAGAUGAGGAUUUGCUCGCACAUCCUCAUUGGGCUGCUCAUCGGCUUGCUCUACUACAACAUUGGCAACGAGGCGGGCAAGGUCUUCAACAACUCUGGAUGCCUCUUCUUCUGUAUGCUGUUCCUCAUGUUCACCGCCAUGAUGCCCACCAUUUUGACCUUCCCGCUGGAGAUGAACGUGUUUAUCCGGGAACAUCUCAACUAUUGGUACUCUCUCAAGUCUUACUACCUGGCGAAGACUAUGGCCGACAUGCCCUUCCAGGUGAUCUACCCGCUGCUGUACGUGUUGCUGGUGUACUUCCUCACCGCACAGCCGCUGGAGGCACACCGCUUCUUCAUGUUCACCACCAUGUGCAUAAUGACGUCCCUCGUGGCGCAGUCCCUCGGCCUCGCCAUAGGGGCCUGCCUCAACAUACAGGGUGCUGUGUUCCUGGGGCCCAUCACCUCCAUCCCGGUGUUGCUCUUCUCCGGCUUCUUCGUUAACUUCUCCACCAUCCCCAUCUACCUCCGCUGGGUCACCUACAUCUCCUACGUCAGAUACGGCUUCGAGGGGACGCUGCUGAGCAUAUACGGCUUUGACAGGAAGCCUCUGCACUGCUCGGAGCCUUACUGCCACUACAAGUCCCCGCGGAAGUUCCUGGAGGAGAUGGACAUUAUAGGCGCCGAGUUCUGGAUAGACUUCGUGGUGCUCUUCUCCUUCUUCAUCGCCCUCAGGACCCUCGGGUAUUUUGUCCUCCGGUGGAAGCUCAAGGCGGAACGCUAGCCCCUGCGGGAACGCGGGGACGAGGGGAGGAAGCCUGGGGUUGAGAGUGGCGGGGGCGAGAGUUCCCGCCAUUAUUUCACCGCUAACAAAGACAGCAGCAGAAGCAGACAAAGGAACGGCAGCAGACGACUCAUUCCACCACAACGCCAUCUUGUCCCCCCUGCAUCGAGGCUCCAAGUGAUAAAAGUGGACGAGAGAGUGCCAUCUUCAUCGUUCUUCUCGUUUUUAUGCUUUGUGAUGUUGAAGUGCCCAAGGAAAGAGUUCGUGGACUACCGUAGCAGGACGAGAAGUAUCGUGCCAUGCCACCCGCCGCUUCCCCAGCGUCGCCUGUACUUAACAUUAUCGUACAUACACGCAUAGAACCUACAUACAUAUAUACAUACAUGCAUAUACAGCACGCACGCGCCUUUCAUGCAUCCAUUUCCUAAGUCAAUCGCCUGUUUUUUAUACAUUUCACGCCACGGGGAGACUUCCAGACCUUCCAUUAUACUACCGCUGAUGUUGCUACGACUACUACUACCACUACUACUACUACUACUUCCGCUGCUACUGCUUGGCUGCCUGCUUGCCUACCCGUCUGCCUGCCUGCCGUGACCUCUCUAGCAGGCUGUGAGGCAACGCAACACAAGCCAACACAAGAGAACACACCAAGAGAGGGAAAAAUUGUGUUGUGGGUGACUGCUGCGAAAUCUUUGUACAGUCUUUCAAAGGAGGGACAAGAGAGGAAGAGGAGGAGGAGGAGGAGAAGGAGGAAGAAAGAUAGAGGAGGAUAAAGAGGGAAGGGAGGGGAGAGGGGAAGACCUGAAGUGCUAUGGAAACACACUCAUCAUCCCCUACUUCAGGUCCUCACCCCCUUCUUCCUCCUUCCUUCCCUUCACAUCCCCAGCCUCCUCCUCCUCCUCCUCCUCUUACCCCUGUCCGCCUCCCCCCCUCCUCCCCCCCUCAUCCAAAGAAGGGAGGAGUGACUUAGUGAUGACGUGUAUUAUUAGUGUAUGCAUCACGUCUUUUUAUCAUUAUUAUCAUUAGUAGUCUUAGAAUAAUUGUAUAUACGUGUAUGCAUUUCUGUACUGGUUUAGUGAGCCGUUGUGAAGCGUGACAGACGAAGAGACUACUUACUCUAGUUGACCUCCACAAACUGCUGAUGAUGAUGAUGACGAUGUGACGUUUGUGUGAGUGAUUUUUAAACGCGACGAGGUAAAUAAAACACGUAAAAAGAGAGAAGUGAACUUUGAAAACUGAUUAUGCCCCAAAGAACAAAAUAGAAGAGGAGGUAGAGGAAGAAAGGUAAACAUUUCUAUAAACACUAAAAGGAACAAAAUGAAAAUAAUCUCAUUCUCUUAAUAUCUAUUCGUGAACAACAUACAAAAAAAAGGACUAACAAAACAAAACAGGAAGAGAAAGUAGACUAAAUCUUUCAAGUUGUUAAAAGAGAAUGACCGCCAUAUAGGUAAAGUGUUAAUUUCUAAAGAGUUUGAGGCACUCGAAAGGAAAAUGAGGAAGGAAGGAAGGUGGAACAUUUAAAAACCUACCUGAGAACCAUUAAUUGAAAGGUGUGGCAGGUAAGAAGAAAGUUGAAAGAGUACUGUGUAAGAGGAGAAAUAGAAAGCUGGAAUGUUAACCCUACCUGAAAAAAAACACUUAAUUACCCAUUGAAAGGUGUGACAGGUAAAAUAUUAAGAUAGGAAUAUAUAUAAGAAGAAAAAAAUGAUUGAAGUAAUGUAGGCAGAUAUAAAACAAAAGAAAAAUAAUAUUGGAGUAGCAGUCAUCGUCUUGAGUAGGAAAAUAAGGUGAUUAUGAACUGUGUUAAGAUUGCCAUACGUAAAAAUAGGAGGAAAUGGUUACGUGUUAGUGAAGAAAAAGAAGACAUUGAAAUAAGGUAGAAGAAAAAAAAACAUUAAUGAGGUAGAUAUAUGACCAGCUGAAUAAAGGAAAAAAUGAAAAGGGAAUAAAAAAGAAAAUAACGCGGUAAAUUCAUCCCCAGCUGAAAAAAAAAUAAACAAAGCAAAAAAGGGAUCGAGUGUUGAAGGGUGUUGAAAAAAAUAUAGAUACUAUAAUUUAAAACAAUUAGGGAAUUUAAAAAAAAAGGUUAAAUACUAAAAUAUCCCCAGAAGUUUUAUGGAAUACUUCGAAAAAUAUAUAAUAGAAACGGGUCAUUUUAAUUUGAUGUCUUGUUUUGGGUGGAAGCGAAAACAAUGAAAUUAUUUAGACAAUUGAACAUUGCAUAAUAUUUAGAUAGUGACGUUGAGAAAUAGCUACUUAAUGAGAGAGAGAGAGAGAGAGAGAGAGAGAGAGAGAGAGAGAGAGAAUAAUUAGGGGGUAUAAUUAUAGUUACUAUAAUCUUUUACCCAGUAUGAUUAAAAAGCAAACCUGAAUUAUUAUAAAAAUCUAAAUAAAUUGCAUGGCUGACUCUGCACCUCAUGGCUUGCCUCAACGAAUAACUUGCAUGAAUCUGCACAACAAAUACGAAAACAAUCUUGCGUGAUACUCGAAUACGCGAAAUUGAUAGCAUUUUAAACGUCAUUUCUACCUAUUCAUUUUCGUAUCUCUAGUCUAUCCUGACCUAGCCAUUCAAGUUCCUUAUUAAAGUUUAUAAUAUCGACAAAUUAUACGUAGUAAUGAACAGAGCCAGGGAAUAAUAGAGUUUGACAACUUCAUCAUAGGCGCUAUGUUGAUACAUGAAGGAAUUCAAAAUGAUGCUAAUACAAGGGUAUUUUGGGGGUCUAGGUAUGGCCAGAAUCUCGAACAAGUUCCUGGAGCACACACAAAAACCUGUUGUAUCAGCUUCAGUUUGAAUUUCGCGCGUCUCUGCUGGCAAGAACAUUUCGCCUGUGAUCAAAUUAGCCAAACGCUUGUAUUCUAUGGCUCUAGUAAUGAUGGUAAUUCUAAUACUUCAGCUGGGGCAUACUCUCUAGGCAGAAACGAAUAUUAUAUCCUUUUUAAAUUUGUUGAUAAUUAAUACACCUUUUCAACGAUCAUACAAAGCUAUAGCACGAUUAAGACAAUAAGUAUAGAUUUAUCAGUUUAUUUCACACGGAAUGGAAGGAAUUGCAUUGUUGCUAUGAUCCUACAGGCCUCCAGUACGAUGUAAAUAGUAAAUAGUGGUCUUGGUCUUGGCCUGGGCACUGGUUGAGUUGGUAAUAGUGGCUAGGGCAGCGCGAAAUGUAAACAGUGGAAAGGUAUCGUGUGCUAACGGGGUUACUAUCCACGAAAAAAAAAAUACAAUAAAGGCUUAAUGCUUGAGUUUUACGGGGUUACUAUUACAUAAAACUGAAAAAAAUGACUUGCUGGCUUAAUCUGCAUGCCUCGGUAAUUGUAGAAAGGAAGUGAAAGUAAGGAAAGAUAAAUAAUAGAUAUUCUGCAUUAAUAGAAAACAUGAAAGUAUUAGAAAUUUAAGAAGGUUUGAAAGAUUUUAAAGUUAGGUUAUGCGACGAAGCCAUGUUGGUUUAUAACUGUGAUAAGAAGAAAAUAAGCAUAAGAUAAAGGAGAAAGUAUAGGCGAAAGAAAGGUCUAGAGGAAUUAGCAUAAGGGAAAGGAAAGAGCAUAAGAUUAAUGUGUAUAUCGUUUUUAAUUCUGUGUUCAGGGGGAUUCAGCGUUGGUCUUACGAAGAAUAGUGAUGUAGUGUGUAUACGUUCUGCAUGUGAAUAGAUUUUCCUUUUGUUUUUUUUGUAUUGCUGCUAAAAAAACAACUAUCCAUGUAUAUAUAAAAACGGAUUCUGCAUCUCCAUCGCUUCUCUUCCAAACAGAGAGGUGACGGAGGCAAGGAUUCAAUGAUCAAAACACACACACACACACACACACACACACACACACACACACACACACACACACACACACACACACACACACACACACACACACACACACACACACGUUUUACUUGUGUCUGUAUGUAUUCCAAAAAAGUCAUUACUGGAAAAUUUUAUGAACUGUGAAGGGAAGGAGGUUAAGCGAUAAAUCAUUCUUCGUAAACCUCCACAAAAAUAUAUAAAAAGUAAAUACGUACAUGUAGAAAGGUCGGUGGGUAAGGUUUUUAUUUUGUCCGUAUAUUUCAGGAAGAUUUUAUGAACGACGAGAGGAAGUUAAACAUUCAUUUUUUCCUCUUAGACCUAAAAAAAAAAAAGUCAUAAUACAUUAAAAAAGUAAAUAAUUAAAGAAAGAAAGAGAAAGGGAGGUGCUUAUUUUUUUAUUGGUGCGGAUUCUUAGAAGUUAUUUGAACAUUUUAUGAAAUACAAAGAAAUUUAGUGUUGAUAAUUGCUUCCUCUGAAAUACUGAAAAAAAUAAAAAUAAUACUCAGUCAAUAUAUACACACAGAAAAAGAAAAUAAAUAAAGAAAAGAUAAGAAAAACAGAUAAUGUUCAUAUAUUUUGAAAAUGGGAUAGAAAGUGGGCAAAAAAAAAAAAAGACCACUUGUAUAGGAAAAGAUAUAUUAGUUUUAAAGGAAAAGAAAAAUAACAUUGAUACAAGUUAUCUAGUUCACUGUAUUGUUUGAUUAUCAUUAUUAAACCACGUGUAUGUUUGUUUGUUUGUUCGUCUAUUGUUUGUACGAUUGUCUGUCUGUUUGUCUGUGUUUGAUGACUAUGCAAUGUGCCUCUUAUGUACGUACGAACACACACACACACACACACACACACACACACACACACACACACACACACACACAUGUUCAAGGGUCCACUAAUUAGCUAGUUGAUAGUCUAAUUAUUCUCACCUGGUUUUAAUUAACAGGUGUCAUAACCCUUUAGAACAGUUUACCUUACCUCCUCCCCCCCUCCCCUUCCUCUCCCCCAUUUUUUCAUUUCCCUUCAUUUCCUUUCCUCUCCUCCUCCCUUCUUCUUAUCUUCACAUUGUAUUUAUUUUCUCUUCAGUUUCUCUUCCCCCUUCCUCUCUUCCUUUCCUCUCCUCUUCGUUCUCUUCGUCUUUCCUCUCUUUUUUAUCUUUAUUCUUCAUUCUUUUCCUCUUCUUUUCUUUCCUCUUUGUCAUCUUCCUCCUCUUUUCCCUCAUCUUUUUAUCUUCACUCUAUACCUUUCCUCCUAUUUUCCUUCCCCUUCUCCAUCCUCCCUUCCUUUCCUCUUCUUCCUCCCUUCCUCCUCCUCUUCCUCCUUUUUCUGAUAUUUUUCGCUUUAUUCAAGAUUUUUAAGUAAAGGUUACGGAAAAGAUAGGAAGAAAGGAAAGGAAAAAAAUAUAUUAAUCCCAUCAAUACGUUCCUUUAAAAUGUGUAUAUAAAAAAACGUAGGUAUAUAUGAUUUUUUUGGUUAUUUUUAUUUUAUGGGGUUUGAACGAUAAUAUGUGAAGCGUUUUGAUACUAUAAAAAAAUAAUACAUCAAUACAACUAUACUCAGGCUUGUGAUUUCAGUGUGUUUCGUAUAGUUUAGGUCAGUUGCGUAUAUCUGUGUUGCUCGUUAUUAUUAUUAUUAUUAUUAUUAUUAUUAUUAUUAUUAUUAUUAUUAUUAUUAUUAUUAUUAUUAUUAUUAUUAUUUGUUUUGUUUGGCUAUAUUUUUAUUUACUUCCAUUUUUUGUAAUAAUAUAUUGCCAUUACUUUUAUUUUUUAUUUUCCUUGUUUAUUUUAGGCGUGGGAAAGUAUUUAUUAUUAUUAUUAUUAUUAUUAUUAUUAUUAUUAUUAUUAUUAUUAUUAUUAUUAUUAUUAUUAUUAUUUCGUUUCUGGUCAUUCAUUCGUAUCUCCAUUUUUCCUUCCUUUCAUCCAUCCCUCUUUUUCCUGUUCUUUCUUUCCUUCCUUCGUUCAUUUUUUUUCCUCCUGUGUCCUUUCAUCCAUUAUUCAUUUCUUAUUCAUUCCUUCUUUCCUUAAUUAAUUCAUUCUUCUCUUUUUCCCAUUUUCCUUCUCUUUCAUUCCUUCCUUCCUUUUCUCCAUUCUUUUCUUUCUUUCUCUUUUUCCUCCUUUCCAUUUCAUUCAUCCCCGUUUUCUUCCUCCUCCUCCUCCUUUUCACUUCUCACCUGUAAUUAGAGUAGUAGUUACUUGUAUUAUGGAUAUCUUCAGGUGCCUAAGCGAUAUAAUUAGAGGUUAGUGCAGAGUCGUCGGCAUAAUAAUAAUAAUAAUAAUAAUAAUAAUAAUGAAUUGUAUAAAGGCAAGAUAAUUCGUACUUCUGCUUAUAAUCCUAAUAAUAAUAAUAACGAUAAUGAUUGACUUGAAAAUAGCGUAGAAAAGGAAUUAUAUAACUAUUAAUUAAUCUUAGUCAACUCAGUGGAUUUUUUUUUGCUAUCUUCCUCUAAUUACUUUUUUUUUUGUUUACGUCCAGGAUAUUGUAUUUUUUUUCCUUUUUUUUUCGUCUCGCUGCGAUCAACUUCAUGUGUGUGUGUGUGUGUGUGUGUGUGUGUGUGUGUGAAAGGACUUGAAAGAAUAUUAAUUUAUAAAACGAUAAUUUCACACCGAGAGAGAAAGAUUAGAAUGGACAUAAUAAUAAUAAUAAUAAUAAUAAUAAUAAUAAUAAUAAUAAUAAUAAUAAUAAACGCCAUACAUUAAACUAAACUCUAUAAGAAAACACAAAUCAUUCUUUUAAUCCUUCUCUCUCAUUUCCUAAUCACGCAAAAUUAAUCGGUUCUCUCACAUCGUAUUGUAACAUUCACUCUGACAAACUUACAUUAUUUUUUUCUAUUAACAUUACUCUUUUUAAUUCACCAAACAUUCGCCCUAAGAACCCUAUAUACUCUGUUUUUAUAGUAAUACUAACCUCUUUUAAUACCCCUAACAUUCUACCUGACAAACGUAUGUUAGCUAUUUUCUGUCAUUUCUAUUAUUAAGAUUUAUCGAUAAUUUAAUACACCUAAGCUUGGUACUGCUGGCUGGUACCUUAACAUAACUUAAGAUUAAUUAUAACAGCAUAGAAAUAAAGUUAAGUAUAUACCAAAUUAAGUGAUACAGAUUAGAAUAGCGUCAAAGCCUUCUCUUCUAGCUUCCUUAUACCAUAGCCUAUCCUCACUUGCCAUAUCAUUGCAUAUUUUAGUCUAGCACUAUAUAGCUCAGCAUAUUUCUAAGUUGCAUGGUACAUUAUUUUUGUGUUUUUCUGAGUAGUUUUUAUCCUUUUCUAAGUAGAUUCUUCAUGUCAUUAGCUCUCCUAUUUUGACCUUGCAUAUCAUAUUUUACUCUAUAUAGUUUAGCGAUGCAGCAUAGCAGAGCACAUUCCUGGGCAGUAUAGUACAGUAUUUUUUAUUUUUUCGUUUUUCUCUAUGCAGGUUUUGUGUAGGUUGAACAGAAAAAAAUAUAUCCUCAGACUUUUAAAGGGGUACAUCUUUCGUUCAAAAUUCUUGUUUUUACUAUUUUAAAAGAGUCCAUUUUUCGUGCCACAUUUUUCCUGAGGGAUUGAUUUUUCACGCUACGUUUUUAUUUCAGAGGUAUCCAUUUUUGGUGCUGUUUUAUCAGGGGGCUCUAUUUUUCGUGCCAAGGGAAAGAAACUAUUGCAUUUUUGGAGACUACUUAGCCCCGUAGCCUACGUAGCCGCCGCUUCAGCCUAGCAGCAAAGCAUAUUUUAAUUCAACAGAGCCUAGCAUAGCAUAGCAUAGCAUAUUCUGAUCUUACGUAGCCCAGUACAACAUUUUUCUCUUGUCUAUUUCAGCUCAGUUUAGCAAGAAUAGAAAAAGUCAAUUAUUAACCCGGGAAAUUAUGCUGUUUCUCAUUUGUUUUAGUUUUGGUUUGAAGGUCUUUUUAUACUUUACAUUUCGCCGAGCAACUUUCCAUAUAUUUCAUUUUACUGGACAUUAUUUAUGAACUGUAUUCCUGCCUCCAGCUACGAUAAAAAAUUGAAGUACACAUAUAGCAUUUAGCCUGCCCUUUUUGCUUCUUUUUUAUAUAUAUAAUCUAUACCGAAAUGAGUUAGUUUUAUACUCAACUCCUUUAUAUACAUUUUUUUUGCCGUUGUAAACAUUAGUAUUUACAUUUUAAGUGACAAAACUCUCUUUCUGUAAACAUUAUCUGAUUAUCUUGACAAAGGUUCGUUUAGUUCAAGUUUCGUCAUGCAAGUAACAAGUAUCUCACAUUUUGAUAAUCUAACCUACUGUAUUUAUUAUACAGACUUAUUAUAAUUUGGUUCUUGUUUUGUCUCAUUAGUAUUAUUUCACAUUUUCAUCAGCUAAUCUAUUGUAUUUUUUUUCUAGAGACUCUUUAUAGUUUAUCUUCUUUAUAGUUUAGUUUUAGUUUCAUCUCAGUAUUAAUAUCUCACAUUUAAAGCAACCAACCAUUUUUCUAUAGACUCUUUAUUUAUCAUCCUCGCUAUAAUUUAGUUGUAGGUUCGUCUCACUCUUAAUCAUUGUCUCACAUUCUUACUAACAUUAAUACUUUUUUUCUCCUUUUAUCUCUUCUAUCUGAUCUCUUUCUCCAUAUAUCUUAUUCUCCUUAUCAUUUAGUACUAGUUUCGUCUCAAGUAGUGUCAGUAUCCCACAUUUUAAUCAACGAACUUGCUGCCUUUCAUUUCUCUAUAGUCUGCUUCAUAGUUUAGAAAAAGCUCCAUAUUUACGUUUUUUAAUUCAUUUGGUCGCCUUAAUAAGAAUACCCAAAAUCAUUACUAACCUUCCACGCUACCUUUUAGUAAUUACGUGUGUAUGAAAAAAGAGAAAAAGAAAAAGUAAGUCUUAUUCUUGUAUUAAAAUUUGUACCAUUAUAAUUUUGCAACAUUAAAAUUUUAUGGUAGAUCAUGUAUAUAUUUUUAAUGAUAUAGCUUCUACAUUCUGCCUGUCCUCAGUUUUGAUAACGGUGGAAUGUUUAAAAAUAAUCAUAUGUUCGUCUUUUAUAUGUGUUUUAACUUUCUCAAUUUGCUACCUAGGCUUAUAUUUGUAUACUCUAUAUUUUUGGUGUUCUAUUUACUUAAACUCAAUUAAAAUAUUCCCUAGGCCUAUAUUUGUACCCUUGUCAGGUAUUAUUAUUAUUAUUAUUAUUAUUAUUAUUAUUAUUAUUAUUAUUAUUAUUAUUAGCCUCCUAUUAUCACUGUAUACGUGGCAACACUGUGUAUCUGUGUAUGAUGUGGCAACGUAGCACCAUGGCCGUUCACGUAGUCUUUCAUUAUAAUUAAAGCCAUUAUAGAAAGCGUGGUGCCGCAAGGGUAAUAUAUUAGUUAAAUACGCUAUUGUUUAUUUCCUCGUAUAAUCUGUGAAACUUUUAAGACAUUGUACUUGUAUGUGUCUCAUCAUUAUUAUUUUUGUUAUUAUUUAACUUUUUUAGCUGGGUCUAAAACACAGUAUUAUUAAUGAUUAGUUUUUGUGUGUUUAUAUCAGUGUGUGUGUGUGUGUGUGUGUGUGUGUGUGUGUGUGUGUCAACAGAAAACAGCACUCCACAUAAUUAUUAUACAUAUAUACGAAAAAAAAUGUAUUCUUUGUAUUUAUUACUCAUUAAAUUGGAACCCCCAUUAAGUGAAUAAAAACAAACAAACAAACAUUAUUAAGGAAACUCCCACUUGCCUUACACGUAAUGGUAAAAAAAAAAAAAAUACUCCAUUUAAAGUGCAAAAGAAAAAAAAAGGUUUGUGUGUUUCCUUUCGGUGAACAGAUCAAAUAAAAGAUAAAUGAUAAGAAUAACAAUGAAAAAAUAUAGAGAAACAUACUAAAUCAAUAAUCUUCAUCGUUCAAUAUUGAGGGAAAUGGUAUGUCUCUUUUUCUUUCAUUUCAAGGAUCAAAUAAAAGGAAGAUGAUAAGAAAAAUAAUGAGCAAACAUAAUAUACACAUACAUAAACAUACAAAAUCUGCAUCAUUUAUUGUAAAGAAAAGUGAUUUGUCUUUUCGUUUCAUUUUGCGGACCGAGAAAGAGGAAAAUGUUGAUGAAAAUAAUGAAAACCAAGAAAAGUAAUUAAAUAUAUACAUACUUGUACAAACACACAACCAGUCAGCAAUGUAUAUCGUUCUUUAUGAUAAAAAAUGAUUUGUCUGUUUCUUUCAUUUAUAGGACCAAGAAAAAGGAUAAAGUUAACGAAAAUAAUGAAAACCAAGAAAAGUAAUUAAAUAUAUACAUACUUGUACAAACACACAACCAGUCAGCAAUGUAUAUCGUUCUUUAUGAUAAAAAAUGGCUUGUCUGUUUCUCUUAUUUAUAGGACCAAGAAAAAGGAUAAAGUUAACGAAAAUAAUGAAAACCAAGAAAAAUCAUUAUAAAUAUACAUACCCAUACAAACACACAGCCGGUCAGCACUCUGUAUCGUUCGUUAUAGCCUGUUCUGGCCACACUGACGAAGGUGACUCCCCUACUCUGGCAACAACUUACUCACCUCCCUCACCUUCAUUGAACUGUCAAAUAACACACAUGCUAUAUGUAUUUUCACCCCCAUGGAAGCGAAAAUACGAUUAGAUACAGUUUAUUUAUCACGGAAAAGUUUCAAAUUAGUUAAUACAUGAAAAAAAUAAAUGACAGGUUUACUUUUUGAUGUCACGAAAAACGAGUAUGAGUUCAAGAGGGAAGUUGUUUUUCUUAUUUUUUUGCCGCUAUUUAUAUCACGAAACAGCUUUAAAAUUAGAUGACACAGUGAAAAAAGGAGACGUAGAUAAUGACUUUAUGAUGUCACGAUAAAGAGGAACGAGGUAACAGAAGGAAGUAAUUUUUCUUGAUUUUAUUUUCCACCAUAUUUAUCAUCACGAAAAGGCCUGAAAAUAAGAUAAUGCCCCCUAAAAACGAGUGAUUCAGAUGUUAACUUUUUUGCUGUCACGAAAAAGGAGAACGAGGUAAAGGAAGUGUUUUUUCAUAUAUAUAUUUUUUUGGGUAUUCUUCGUCAGGGUGGCUGGCGUGGGUAUAUGUAUAGUCAAGGUAUUCAUGUCCUGUGUAUCCUACUGUGUAUAUAUUGUAAACAUCACUUUAUUAUGACUUGGGGCUGUAGGAGGCUAGUUACUAGGCUAUAUACAUAACUUAUAAAUACGUGCGUUAUAUAUAUUUUUGUUUCGUUGUAUAAUACUUCCUGCACUCAUGACUAUUAUACAUAUACUGCUUUUACCCCAUUUUCCCCAUUUCCCUAUUUCCCAUUUCCCUUUAAAUACGUAUGACCCAUUUCCCCAUAGCCUACUCCCCUUCCCCUUCCCUUCCCUCUCCCCGCCCAUACACACACAAUUGUAUAAAGCUGUAUUAUUUACGUUUAAUACAGUCACUAAAAGGAAAUACAUAGUCAGUCUUA